AACGACAACAUGGCGUCUAAACUGAUCACAGAUGUAUUUCCUAUAACCAAAAAGGAAAGGCCGGUAAACAAAAAACAGCCGCAAACGAAGCUUUCGGAUCCAAUCCAGAAAGAUGCUGAAACUGCAGUUGCCAAAGAUGUAACUUCAGACCUCGCGAAAGAGCUUUUGAUGCUGAAAGAGUUUGACUUAGAUUCCGAAUUUGGGCCAUGUAUUGGAAUAACCAGACUACAAAGAUGGGAACGAGCUAAAGAAUAUGGACUUUUUCCUCCUGAGGAAGUCAAGGAAAUAAUUCUAAGACAUCCCAAUGACAUAGCAUUCACAGAGUGUGUAUGGUUUGAUGCCAAUCUUUGAAACGAAACAAAGUGUUUGAACCAUAUGUACACAACAUGUUGUACUGUACAACAAAACAUUCUUUUAUCUUCAAGAAUUAUUCUAGGAAAAAAACUUUCACGAGUUCCCAGUAAGGUCUACAUAUGUAUAUAUACUUGCAUGAAAUGUCCCUGUUUAGGUAGAUAAGAGAAUAAUAACCUAGUGUUGUCUGCUGUAAAUAUGAAUUUUGUUCCAGAAAAUUGCACCAUCUUAUGUACAGUUUGCAGUCCUUGUGUGUGUAAGCUACUGACAGUAGAAUGCUUGUACAUUAAUGUUAGCUCACAAACUCAACUUAUUAUUGUGCAUGUAAGUUGGAUUUAAAACUAAAUAUGAUGUUAAAAAAGGUGCAGGUGUUAAGGUAUGGAAUAUCUGCCUGUAGAAUUACUUACACCAAACUAGUACAA